ACAUUAACUGUGUCGACUCUAGACAAUGAAUGCAAGGUAGCUGGGGCUCUGUAGUCCGCAUAAGGAGCCAGCCAUGGUGUCAACAUGUGUCGGUUGUUCUCGCCUUUUGCAGCACGACGCUUCUCCAAGAAGGCCUCAACUCACCCAGCUCCGCUUGCCAGGCGCGCCUAUGCUGGAUCAUCUCCCUGUCCAAAUUCCCUACCAAUAGACAUUAGCUGGUCGGCUGAUAUCAAAGACAUUUAGGUAUCAUCCAAAUCAUUCUGAUCUCCCAGAUGCUGCAUGAGCGCCUCGCUGGCGAGGUCAAGUGCGCCUGGUUGUGCUGGGGAAACUACCGCCGUUUGUGAUUGGAACUGAGGCAUAUUCUUCCUUGCGAAUGCCGCUGCCCAAGGCCCCACAAUGAGGGCAGUGUUUUGGAAUAUGCAAGGCUGUGCUAGCCAUAUCACUUUAGGUUUGAAGAAAGGUCGCCUGUGACGCCUUGCAGGGCAAAAAUGGUUUACCCUGCCAGCUUACCACGGCUUGCGAAUCAGGUCUUAAAACUGACAGUCUGGGCUUCCGGGCAAUCGACAUCAUCUUGUGAGUGAAGCAUAUUUCACAUUCAUGUGAUUGUGACAAUACUGUGAAGAGCGGCGUAUGCUGGAGGGCCUUCCACCCUCAAAUUGCGUCGGCGUCGUAUCAGCAUAUUUUGUCGUGCUGGAUACGACGAUGCUGUGUAAACGGAUUCAUCCAGGGUGUUUUAUGGAUCAGGUAGAUCCUGCUGAUAUGGUCAUGUCUUUCUCGCCGUUUCUCCCCACGUUGUCAUUGGCCCAGUCGACCUCCGCUUGUUACGAGAUAGCAAAUUGUGUUGAAUGGAGUCUGAUAGUACCCCUCAGUGGAUGUCUUCAUGCCUAUACGACGGGCAAACUCAGAUGGAAUGCCCUUUGGUAUCUGAUUUGUCGCACCGCCUCGUAUGUUCUUGAACGAGUCCGCCUGACUUUAUGGACGAAGUCGAGGGAUGAUUGAGAACCCAGAGAAGAUAGAAAAGUUCGCUCGUUUCAGUGAUCAAUCCCUCCAUCUGUCCAGUUUAUACCUUGCUCUGCAUCUGAUAUUCCACGCUCUACUACUCCCUACAUCUGAUCUUCCAGCUCUGGUUUAGCCAUCCUAUUACCUCAACCCGCACGUGCCACGACAAAAAUCCAAGACGAAGCCAUGUGCAUCAAACAACCGUUCGGAUCGCACCAUGAGCAGCAGGACCAUUGCCACUGGUUGGAGAAGGACUCUACAGCCCACUCCCGUAUAGGGGAGGCAACCGGAGAGGCACUGGGCAGCAGCACCGUCGAAUUUCAGUCCUUUCAAUCAGUCCCAUUGAUUGUCUGCGCGAGAGGCCAAGUAUGGUACUGCUGUUGGUGUAAAAAUGGCCCAAUGUCCAUCGCGAUUAAUGAUGGAUGCUCGAAAUGCGGCAGAAGGCGUUGUGAUCAUUGCACGAUCGAGAUUAUCAAGAAGUGAUCACGUUGGGUGCCAUUGCUUUUGAGCAGCCCACAGUGAAACAAUGGGGCCAUGGAGAAUGGAUAUGUCUGUGGAUGGAACCUCAGAUGAUAUUACGGCUUGUCGUUGGCUUGUGUGCUGAUCAGGAUGGUCAUGACCUGGUUAUUUUCUCGUUGAGGUCCCUCUUUCAGACCGUCUCCAUGCAAGAGUUACUGGCUGGAAAUAAGGCAAUCAAAGUGUUUACGGAUCCGAGA